UCAUUCCUUUUUGGUUUCUUUUUCGCCUGUAUAAGUAUAUAAGAGCAGCAGGUUCUUCACCAUUCAUUAGUAGAAAGAAAAUGAAACUACCAACAAUAUCCGUUUGUCUCUCCCUGGUGUUUGUGACUUUCGGAGCUAAAUUGCCUUCCAGUUUUAUAAAAUGUAACAUAAAACAAAAGGACUUCCAACAAUGCUUGACCAAAGCGGUUGAACAUGCCAUAAAGCAAAUGAACCGUCCUUUUAAAGAAGUAAGUUUGUUGAGCUUGGAACCCCUGGAAUUACCAGCAAUGAUAAUAGAUGCUGGUUCACAAAUAGUGCACGCGCAACAAAGUUUCAAAAAUUUAAAAUUUUCAGGGUUUAAUGAAACCACUUGCUCUAAAGUGGAGUUUGAUGUCAAUGCAAAGACAUUGAAACUAGACUGUCUCGUACCACAUUUCAGAUUUGUCUUCGAUUACAGUGUAAAUGGGCGACUUUUCUUGUUUUCUUUUUACGGCAAGGGACCUGGAUGGGUAAUUUUUCAGGAUAAUCGCAUAGAGAUUAUGUUUACACUAGGACAAUACGAGAAGAAUGGUAGACAAUACUACAACGUUAUUAAACAACAGCUUACUACGUCACCGAGGGCUAUAGAUUUUGAAUUUGAAAAUUUGUUCGACGGUGAUCAAGAAUCAGCUGGUCGCUUUAAUAAGAUUUUGAAAGAGAACGUACUUGAGGUUUAUGAGGAUGUUAAAUCUGGUUACGAUGAAGCUUUUGGAAGGAUGUUUGCUUUUGUUUUUGACAGAUUUUUAACAAGGGUUCCUGUGGUUUAUCUCUUUGGAGAACAGUAACGACACGAGACGUCAUAUCAUCGUCGUAUCAUGUUUAUUAUCAAUAUACCUUAUAACACAUUA